AUGAAGAAGGUUAUCUUAUGCCUACAUGGUAGCUGCCAAACAGCAGAGAUCUUUCAAAAUCAACUCAGUAAAUUGAUCGAUGCUUUAGAUGAUGUGGCAUCCUUUGAAUUUCUGGACGCUCCUUUUCUACUUCCUCUUCUUCACCCAGACGACGAUGUGCACACGCGAUCGUGGUGCUGCUCUGGUUUUAAGGCUUCAGAUGAAGCCAUUACUCACGAUGAAGAUAGUGUGAAUGCAAAUUAUGCUGAUGGUGAUCGAUUAUUGGAUGAGCGCAUGCAGCGUGAACCCUUUCCGGAUAUUUUGUUUGGUUUUUCCCAAGGGGGACUCAUGGUUUGUCGAUAUCUUAUGCGGCAUUUUGAGGAAGUCAGCACCUUGAAAGCAGUCAUUUUUGUUGGCACACCGGACCCUAGAAAAAUCUUCGCUGGAGGAGAUUUGCUGAAUCAAUACACGAAACGGGCAAACACUAAAAAAAGUAUCACUAAUAGCACUGAUCAGUCCUUUCUAGGUGACAUCUAUUCUCUGCAUAUUAUAGGUAAGAAAGACAAAAUUGUUCUGCCUGAUGAGAGCAUCGCCUUUGCUACCGCAUGCGCCCCAACAGCGGAGGUUUUGUUGCAUGAGCAUUCGCACAGUGUUCCACAGCUACAGGUAUUAUUUUCCGCUAUUCGAGCUUUGAUCAAGGGACUUCGUGAAGAUCCGGAGGUUGAGCAGAUAUUCACUAAAGAACGAGAGGACGAGCUCGAGAUGAUUGCCAUGAUGUAUGGUGAUGAAUGUGUGUGUAAUCGUCGUCCUCCUUUGGAUGCCAUUGUGACUUUGCCACUCUUGGGCGAGGAACAGCUUCCCGAUGGACCUGAAUCGUGCGCCUUCGCACGUCUUGGUCUUCAGUUUCGCGUCCACCCGCGAUAUCCGGCAGUACCACCUGUUUUGAGCAUCAUCGGGGGUCCCACAACAAAACAUAUGAGAUUUGAGCGAUGGUGCACUGAUGUUGUAGCACGCUGCAACAGAUACAUUCUGGAGAAUACGGGCCUGUGUGGCCAAAUGCUCCUACCAAUUCGCAUAUUUGCCAAUGAGCAGGCACACGAGUCAUUAGCAUUUUUGCAGGAUGUGUUUACUACCCACUUUUGCAAUACAGACACGAGGGAUGGUACUGAUACUCUUCUAUCCACUAAAAAAGACACACUAAGCGAAUGGACAUCUGAGGAUGAUGCGAAGCGUUCAGUGUACAUUUUAGAGGCUGAAGAAGCGACCAACAUUCUUCUGGACUCUGCAUCAUCAUCGAAAUUUUUUAGUCAAACAGUUCAGGCAAACGUGCAAACUACACGUGGUGGAGCUUUGAGGGAGAAAGGCUUAGCGAUCCAAAGAAGCGGCGGUACGUGGACCCCAAUAAUUGGGCUCGUUGGUAAGCCUAGUUCUGGAAAAAGCACACUCUUUAAUGCCAUUACUGACCCACAAAGUGAAAGUGAGGCUGCGCGCGUCGCAGCUUUUCCCUUUACCACUAUCGAGCCCAAUAUCGGGGCCGGGUUCGGUCCAAUUUGGUGUCCAUGCAGUGUUCUUUUGCAAUGUACUGAAUGCGCCCAACACAGGGCGCAAAUAUCUCCUGACCUUACCCUUUGCGUUAAGGAGUGCAACGCGUGCUACGGCCAUGUAAGUAUUCGCGGCGGCAACAAUUACCGACGUCAUCCCAUACAAGUAAGGGACGUAGCAGGUCUCGUUCAAGGGGCCUAUCAAGGGAAGGGCAAGGGAAAUCAGUUCCUGAAUGAUUUAUGUGAUGCAUACGUACUUGUGCACGUGGUGGAUGGGGCUGGUGUGACGGAUGCUGGUGGAUCUUCAUGCGCUCCAGGCCAAGGCUCCACCCUUGAUGACAUCAUAUGGGUUCGCAAAGAGGUACAUAAUUGGAUUUAUGAUAACCUUUGUGCUAAGUGGGAGGCUAUUCUACGAAUGCCUAAAAAGCUUCGGGUCAUGUUCACUGGCUAUCGUGCCUCACCAUCCUUUGUGGAUGAUAUUUUGCAGCGCAUUGGUAUUGCCAACGAUACGAUGCUCCAAGACCAACUCAAGACCUGGGGCCCCAGGGAGCUGCAUUUGCUCGUCGCUGUUUUCAUUCGUUUGCGGUUUCCCAUAGUGGUAGCUCUAAAUAAAGUAGACCUUCCGACUGCCAAGGGACUAGUUGAGGAGGUGCGUCGAAGAUAUCCAAACGAAAACUUUGUUUGCAUGUCUUCCAAGAUUGAAUCGGAUCUUUUGACAUUGCGUAAAAAAGGCCUUGUUGAUUAUGUUUCCGGAGCGUCAGACUUUAUAGAUCGAUCAGCAGGCAUCAGUGGCGUGAGCAAGGAGGACGCAGAGCGGCUGAAAAAUACACAUGCGUUUUUCCAAACCCUGAAAUCCAAGAAAUGCUGCGACGAAGCGAAUAUUUCCGUAUCAGGUUUUGAUGCACCUAUUCUAUUUUCGAUGUAUUCAACAGGGGUACAAGAUGUUAUAGCAGAAGCUAUAGAGCGGUGCACGUCUGUGCAUGUGUACCCUGUCAGUGCGUUUCAACCUGUUAUCCCAUCUCUUAAGCAUUGCUUGCUGUUUAUACCGGGAACCACCACUGAUGAUGUGUUUUCAGCCAUGGUCCGUAACAAAAUUUUGGACGGAAAAUUUGUUCGCUUCGAGGCAUUUGAUAUACUAAAGGGGGACAAGACACCAAUGAUAUUAAGGAAAACGGAUGUCUUACCCAGCACAACCCUACUGGUUCGAGUAUUCUCUAACAAGCGGCAGCUUUUGUAG